AUGGGUGUCGAGCCUCCCUUCAUUUACGACCGACCGAGCACCUACACCUUCGGCAGCCCUACUGAACGUGGGUUCAAUCCCAAGGCUGCAACACACGCUUCUUGGACCCCGAAGCCCUCAAAGCCCAAGCAAGAUGGCCCUCUCAUCAAUUUCAAUCGGCAUCCCGACUCGUACAUAGUUGUUCCCUACGGCAAUCUUGAUGCCAAACCUAUGAACCCCAACACGAAGAAAAGAGUCACGCGGGCUCGCCAGAUUCAACUCUUCCUCCGAGUAUGCGCCCUGCUUGGAGCCCUGGGCAGUCUGUUCUGCGUCAUUGCCAUCAACAAGACCUCGUCCACCGUGGGAUGGAUCAUUCGAGUUGCUCCGGCCGUGUCCAUCUGCCAUACAGUCUAUGCCGUCUACCAUUUCUGCCGCGCCGCAACUGGCCGACCACCAGCAUCCACAGCCAGCUACAUGAUAUUUGCCGCCAUGCUUGACACGGGGCUGAUCCCGUUCUUCGUCUUUUCGGCCUGGCUGGCGCAUGCGGAUUAUACAAGCAAUGCUUAUGGCUGGAGCACCCUGUUCAACGAGUCAGCGCUCUCAUACAAGAUCAUAUAUGCCUUCUUCCUCCUUUCAUGCACCGAGAGUGGACUGAUGGGGGUGUCUCUCAUUAUCAACAUCUACUUGGCCAUCAAAUUCAGACAGAUUGCGAAAAUGCCCCCAGAUAUGAAUCCCCUUGAACCGAAUCUCACAUCAAGACAUAAACGGAACAAAUCGGAGCUCAUUACUCAGAAAAACAUGGAGGCGUCUGCAUUGGCAGCGAAGAGAGACUCGCAGGCUUCAGGGUUCAGAAGGGUGCCUUUCAUCCACACUCGGACCGACUCUGCAGACAGCGUCACUCUCUACGGGAGUGAGAAUGCUCGCGCGUCCAGGGCAGACUUCCGCAAAGAUCUGGAUGACAAUGGGAAAGAUCCAUGGCGAUGGUCCAGGACUUCGUCGCCGGAACGCCCCAAUUCGGCGGUGAACCCUUCUCCUACCUCGCGAGGUGCUGGUACAGGUUUGGACUUCCGCCCGGAGCGUUCUUCAGGGUUGGCCAAAGAGACAUCUCGCCCUUCGUCGUGGCUCUCAUACCUAGAUUAUGAAGGUGUGCCCAACGACUUGAGCGAGGGGGCUGCCGCUGAGCUCGACCACGAAGUCCGGCCUAUGUCUCCUGUCUCUGCGAUCUCCGCCCGCGAUGCCUCUUUCGAUAGGGCUCAAAACGAAAGAGAGAACUGGUACCAGGGCGCCGCGAGGAACAGCCAGACCUAUUUCCCACAAAACGGCAGUCAAACUCACCUACACCCGACCAACGCAAGCAAAGUCAAUUUGAGCCAGAACCUGACAGUGCCGAGUCCUCAGCCGCAACGAAAGCAGAGAAGCCGUGAUCCACUUGCCAUGAAUCCUCCCACUCCUACUCGCAUCCAGUACCAGGACGAGAACAACUAUACGUCGCCGAUGGAUGCGAGCGGAUUACCUGAUGCCAGCAGAGCCGCGCUGCUUGAUGCCGAUGCCAAUGUCCAAGCUCGACCAAAGAUGGGAUCCCGGCCAUCGAGCUUUAUCGGAAGUGGUGGGAAAGGUCGGUUCUAUGGUGAUUUGAGAUCGUCGAUUGGCUCUGUCACUUCCCAGGGCAACAAGAAGGACACGCAGGCCGCCAUGAAUGAAGUUGAAGAUAUAUAUCACCGAACGCGGACGAUGCAGACGGAAAGCGACUACAGCGCCAACUUCGAGGUUUAUGCAUCUGAGAGUGACGAUGAGAAGCUGAGUGCCAACAUUCUGCAAGUCUCGGCCAAGUCUCAAUGGAGUGGGGUCAGACAGACCUCGAAUUCCACAGCACAUGAUCUCAAUAGUGGGUAUGCGGGAUUGGGCACGGAGUUUGGCAGAGGAAUGGGUCGUCGACGCGACGUCAGUGGAAAGGUCGCAGAAGAAGGCCGAGCCUCGCCCACAAAGAAUGGUGCCGCUGGGUGGGAGAGAUUCAAGGGACUGUGA